AUGGCACUUGGUGAACUUAAUAUAAAUGUUUUGAACAUCUCAGAUGCUACAACCCAAUCUGAACUGGCUUAUGAAGGAGUACAAAAGUGGACAAAGUAUCAUGACCUUUUUACAAAGGAUUUGGUGAUCACUCCAAUUCGUCAAAUAAUUCCUUACUUGGCUAGAACUUAUAGUAGCCCAACUGCUACCACAAAGCCCACUUGUUCGGAGAACUCCCUUAUUUCCAAUUUGAAAACAAGAAUCCGUACACCGACAAAAGCUACAAUCAGUGCUUUGGAAUACACGCUUGAAAUCCCGACAACGCCUGUGUCGAACGUACAAAGUUUACCAGCGUACCGUAGUACCUUCAGCGGAAGAGAAGAUAGCCUUACUCCCCAAAGCCAAAUCGAAGGCGAAAAGAGUUUAGAAUCCACCAGCCCUCUCACCAACGAAAGCUUUGAAGAAGAUAUAGGAACGACCAAAGACCAGCAAGGACAGACUACUCCAAAGCAGACUUCAGACACACAAGCCACUGCCAUCAUUAUUGACAGUCCAGUUAACAAAACUCGCAACCGACCUCCUAACAUUGAUCUCAGUGUUAGCCCAGCGGCACCAGCUACGAUUAGCCUAUUUGAGAGAUUCACGUCAAUACCUGGUUACUCCAGCCCGAGAAAUAGAAUACCCCCGUCGCAGGAUCCGAACACUCUGUCGGCGUUACGACUAGACUCCGCUCCAGCCAUAUCAGUGCAGAACCUCCAAUCAACAUCGACCCAUCUCCCGGAACCAACAGUCGAAGUUCGAGCUAUCUUGCAGCAGCACGAAGCGAAUUACGGUCUGUGGGUGAAAGCCCGAGAAGCAAAAGACGCGAAAGCAUUCAAACACACGACCAUCAUGGACAAAGACCUGCAUCGCAAAUUGAUCAAACAGAUGGGCUACCAACCUCUGCUAGAUCACACGAAAGGAUGGAAUCCAGUAGAAUGGGAUUGGACCACAUUCGAAAAGAAGAUAGUGGAAACGAGGGACAGCCGUCGCAACAACAAGCGCAAACCGUCCUCAAGACCUUCAGGGAGUGUAGCCGUAGCGGAUCUUCAGGAAGUAUUAGGUCUAGUGAAGAGCUACACGAGUCGUUAG